AUGGGAAAUUGCCUUAAAAAAAACCAAGUAUCAUCAAAACAAGAUGAGAAUGAAGACAUCAAGAGAGCUAUGAAUAUGAAGACACCAAAAAGAGAAGAAGAUAGCUUGAAGAAGAAGGUAAGGUUUAAAAUUCAAGAUGGUGAUUCUUCUACUAUGAGGAUUAAGCUUGUAGUUGGCAAGGAAGAAUUGAAAAGGGUGUUGAGGAAUAAGAAUAUUGAGAAUGGUGUUAAGAAUAGUUCUUUGGAGGAGUUGCUAAAUGAUAUGAAGUUGAAAGAAAAAAGUGUGGCUAAAUUUGAAGAAGUUGAUGGAGGGUUAAGUUGUUGGAGGCCAGAUUUAGAUAGCAUUCCAGAGGAUUACUCCAUGAAGUAG